AUGUCUGUAGCGCGUCUUUCCACCUCUGCUCUGAGGACUUCCCUCAGAGCCUCCCCUUUCAAGGUCUCGGCUUUCAACGCUGCUCGUUGCUACUCUUCCAAGAACCAGACCUUGAAGGAGCGCUUCGCUGAGCUUCUCCCCGAGAAGAUUGAGGAGGUCAAGGCUCUGAGAAAAGAGCAUGGCUCCAAGGUCAUCGACAAGGUCACUCUUGACCAGGUCUACGGUGGUGCUCGUGGCAUCAAGUGCCUCGUCUGGGAGGGUUCCGUUCUCGACGCUGAGGAGGGUAUCCGUUUCCGCGGCAAGACCAUUCCCGAGUGCCAGGAGCUCCUCCCCAAGGCUCCCGGUGGCAAGGAGCCCCUUCCUGAGGGUCUCUUCUGGCUUCUUCUGACUGGCGAGGUCCCUACCGAGCAGCAGGUCCGCGACCUGUCCGCCGAGUGGGCCGCCCGCUCCGACAUUCCCAAGUUCGUCGAGGAGCUGAUCGACCACUGCCCUACCGACCUUCACCCCAUGGCUCAGUUCUCCCUGGCCGUUACCGCCCUCGAGCACACCUCUUCGUUCGCCAAGGCCUACGCCAAGGGUGUCAACAAGAAGGACUACUGGGGAUACACCUUUGAGGACUCCAUGGACCUGAUUGCCAAGCUGCCCACCAUUGCCGCUCGCAUCUACCAGAACGUCUUCAAGGGCGGCAAGGUCGCCGCUGUUGAGAAGGACAAGGAUUACUCCUUCAACUUCGCCAACCAGCUCGGCUUCGGCAGCAACACCGACUUCGUCGAGCUGCUCCGUCUCUACCUCACCAUCCACACUGACCACGAGGGUGGCAACGUCUCUGCCCACACCACCCACUUGGUCGGCAGUGCUCUGUCCUCCCCCUUCCUUUCCGUUGCUGCUGGUCUCAACGGUCUGGCCGGUCCUCUCCACGGUCUUGCCAACCAGGAGGUUCUCAACUGGCUCACUGAGAUGAAGAAGUCCGUUGGCGACGACCUCAGCGACAAGGCCAUCACCGACUACCUCUGGUCCACCCUGAACGCCGGCCGUGUCGUUCCCGGUUACGGCCACGCCGUCCUCCGCAAGACUGACCCCCGUUACUCUGCCCAGCGCAAGUUCGCCCAGGAGAAGAUGCCCAACGACCCCAUGUUCCAGCUCGUCUCCCAGGUCUACAAGAUCGCCCCCGAGGUCCUCACCCAGCACGGCAAGACCAAGAACCCCUACCCCAACGUCGACGCCCACUCCGGUGUCCUCCUCCAGUACUACGGUCUUACCGAGGCCAACUACUACACCGUCCUCUUCGGUGUCUCCCGCGCCAUCGGUGUCCUUCCCCAGCUCAUCAUCGACCGCGCCCUCGGUGCCCCCAUCGAGCGCCCCAAGUCCUUCUCCACUGCCAAGUGGGCCGAGCUUGUCAAGAAGAUCUAA